GAAAAUGUCUUCAAAGUGUUUUGUGACUGUUGGAAGUACUCAAUUCGAAAAAUUAAUUUUUACUAUUUUAAAUGAGGAUUUUUUACAAAAUUUCUUAAAAAUUGGAAUUGACAAAUUAAUUAUACAAAAUGGAAAUGGGAAAAUACCUGAAUGUUUAAAUUGUUUUAAAAAAGAAGGAGAAGAAGAAAUUUGGGAAGGAAAAAUUAAUGGAAUUGAGAUUGAACUUUUUCGUUACAAGGAUUCAAUUUGUAGUGAAAUGGAAGAUGCCACUUUAAUAAUUGGACAUGCCGGUGCCGGUACUUGUUUGGAAGUUUUAGAAUUAGAAAAGCCUUUUAUUGCGAUAAUUAACAACAAUUUAAUGAAUAAUCACCAAUUAGAAUUAGCUAAACAAUUGGAAAAAGAAGGGUAUUUAAUUUGUACAAUUCCUGAAAAUUUGGAAAAAAUUUUAUUUUUUGAAGAAGAAAAUAAUUUAUUUGAAUUAAAUAAAUUCCCAAAAUUUGAUAAAAAUAUUUUUUGUAAUUUUUUAAAAGAAUUUUUAAUAACAAAAAAAUGUGUGAAUGAAUAA